AUGAAAAAUAGUCAGAAACUAGGAGGCAUUAAAAAAUUGUAACAAAAUUCUAACCAUGAAGACUUAGUCCAAUAGGAGUAACUAUGUCAAGAGCUGAAGGAUGAAAUAAUUUAAAUCUUAAGAAUGGAUGCAGAUCAUAUUACUGUCAUGGACUCCAUAAAUGCACUGAGGUCAGAGGAUUUUAUUGAAAGCCACAAAGCAAUAAUUAAAUUAAGGAGAACGUUGGCUAAUUUUGAGUAAGAGAUUGCCAAAGAAAAUGAGCUCAUACCUAUUUUAUUUCACAUCAUCUAAUAUGGAAGCACAUAUUUAUUAAAAUUAGAAGCUGCAUGUUGUUUAUAUUUUUAAUAUUAUUUAGAAAUCAUUUCAAUUCUAGCAGGAGGGAGAAGUGAAAUAACAAGAAUUAUUAUGGAAAAUGGAAUUCUUUAAUUGUCUAUGAGUGUACUAGAUGGUAAUUAAAGUGAGUUGAUUAUGUUAAUCAUAACUAUAUUAGGAAAAUUGGCUGGUGAAUCUGUGAAAUAUCGAGAUUCUAUACUGUAAGCCUGCAGUAUGGAUAAAAUAAUAAGCAAAAUUGAAUCCAAAUACAAAUCGAUCUACAUAUGGUGUUUGGCUAAUUUGUGUAUAGGCCGUCCAAGUCCUAAGUUUGAUAAGAUACAAUCAGCAUUUGAGAUUUUUGCCUAAGUAAUUAUGGAAGAGUUCAAUCAACAAAAUUUAAAAAUGAUUAACGAUGCCAUUUGGGCGUUAGGAUAUAUGAUCGAUGGUGAACCCAAUAGAAUUGCUGCCUUAAUUAAUAGUGGAGUAGUGCCUUAAUUGAUUAAUCUAUUACCCAUGGGCAAUUUCGUAUCGAUCCUACGAAUUUUUGAAUGCAUAUUUUAUGGAACUGAAGACUAAAUUAAAUACUUAUUAGAAUGUGGAUUUAUUGCUCAUAUCAGAAUGAUUGUUGAUCCUAAAAGCAGAGAUAAAAGUGGAGAUAUGAUUUAAACAUUUGCAGCAACGGAAACGUUGUUUAAGGUUUUGUCGAAUUAAAACUUUUUGGUCUCUCUUUUUCGAUCAUUAAGUGAUGAUAAUUAAAAUCUAAGAGGGGAUGCCCUAGAAGUGAUUGGAAAUGCGAUUCAAUAAGGGACUAAUGAGGAUGUCGGCAGGCUAGUUGGAAAUGGACUUAUUUAAUAUCUUCUUAGCAUGUUGGAAAUAGCAAAUGAAAAAGAAAUCGCUUCCAUUCAUCUUAAGAAGGGACUAGAAAUUCUCAUUAAAAUCAUUAGAAAAGGAGAAAUCAAGGCUAAAGAUAACAAGUCUAACCAAUUCUUCAUUAUUUUUGUGAAACUGGAUGGAGUUAGUGUAAUUCAGAAACUACUAUCCUACAAAUAGGAUGAUGUUGCUAAAUAUGCUUUACUAUUUAAAUAGGAAUUUGAUAUAUGA